AUGGGGGUUUCUCAAAGGAGCAGCUCCUCCAGAAAGCAUCCUUCCUCGAGUCGCCUCUUCUUCGUCGGCUGGCUGCUCCUGCUCGUCGCCGGCGUCCACGCCUGCCCUAAGAUCUGCCACUGCACCGACAGGAACAACAUGGUGGUGCAGUGCACCUCGCGCAACCUGGAGAGCAUCCCGGCCAACCUGCCCAGGGACACCGUGGUGCUGCUGCUGUCGUCCAACAAGAUCAAGCACAUCCCCAGGGAGGCGUUCUCCGACCUGCACCGCCUCCGGGAGCUGGACCUGUCCCACAACGCCCUGGAGAACGUGGAGGUUGGUGCUUUCCAAGAGGUUUCCGACAGCCUCCGCACCCUGGAUCUGUCCAACAACCGGCUCAGCGGCCUCCCCAAGGACACGUUCACCAAGCUGCACGCCCGCAUCCGCCUCUCCAGCAACCCCUGGCACUGCGAGUGCUCGCUGCAGGAGGUGCUGCGGGAGCUGAGGCUCGACCCCGAGACGGUCAACGAGGUCAGCUGCCACACGUCGGUGCGGGAGGAGUACGUGGGCCACCCGGUGAUCCAGGUCCUGGACUCAGGGAUCAACUUUUGCAACUUCCACCACAAAACCACGGACGUGGCCAUGUUCGUGGCCAUGUUCUGCUGGUUCUUCAUGGUCACGGCGUACAUCGUUUACUACAUCAAACACAACCAGGAGGACGCCAGGAGACACAUGGAGUACCUCAAGUCCCUGCCCAGCACCUCCCACAUUAGCAAGGACUACGACACGGCGAGCAGCGGGCUUUAG